CACCAGACUUAUCUUCCCGAUCUCGCAUUAUUUGUGGCAGGGAACGAUGGAGAAGUAUCGAUUUUGCCCAAACGCCUUUCAUACUUUGUUGCUUGCCUGCCCUUCAGAGACGUGUCUGCUGCUAUCAUCCUUGCGGAGUUCGCCGGAAACCUCUUCUAGAUCUAGGGUUUCAUGUAAGGAAGUUUUCAGAGGGAGGAUUAUGAACCGUUCAUCUCCAGUUUCAGUAAUCUCAACUUACUAGCUAGAAGACCCGAAGACAUCAGUACUGGGUUCCUUUAACAAUAAAAAUUGAAGGUUUGAAACAUUCUUCAAAGGAGGGGAGGAGAAGCUAAGCCGAUGCUUUUGUGUCAGGCGAGGACGGCAUCCAAGAAUUGCAAGGCGAAGAACAUCUCGCAUUUCAAUUUCCACCCAACCCUAGAAAUAAGGAGGAGACAGAUUCGGGUGACUAGAUUCUGAACGGAUGAGAGGCUUGGGUGGUGCAGUCCCUUGAUUCUACAUUGUGAUCUGAGAAUAUGCCUCACCUAAUAAAAAUAGGUAUCAUACAGGUCAAUGGGUUUGAUAUUGGAAAUAUUCAGCUGGAUAGUUUGAGGAGGCAUGUUGGUCUGGUCUCUCAAGAUAUUGUAAGUUACUCCGUACCACCUAUUAUAAUUUAUAGGUGUUUUUGGAUUCUAAUGUUACUGCUUAUUUGGAUACACUUCUGGAAAGGGUGAAAAUCACUUCCAUAAGAGCAAAAAUGCUUUACCAUGUGAGAAAGAUGUUUUCCAAAUGUGCUUUUUGAUAAAGCUUUGAAAACAAAUAUGAAGCUGCUUUGACAAACAUAGUACUUUUUUAGUAAGCAUGUUUUAGUUAAACUUCCUUCAUUGAGGUUCCAUUUGGCAGCUCCUAUCAGCUUUUUUUGCUAAUCAGCACAGUAAGCCAUUUUUUACUUAUUUGGCUGAAAUCUAACUAUAUACAAUGGUAAGAUGGAAAUGUGAACAGUAUUCCCGCCUAUUUUUUGGCUACAGUGUCCGCAGGGUAAUUUGGGAAAUUCCAAAUACAAGCUUCCUCUGUACGCCAUUCAUUUUAUUCUCUUCACCUUAAGACAUGACCUAGGCCGACCUUAUCCUUACAUACAAUCGUAUUGAUCCGGCAACGAGGAGAAAGAGGGUUUUAGCACAGAGAUGACAGGACAAGGAUAGAGGGGUUUCACGCCAUCGUCUCAGGUACGCUUCAUCUCUCUCUUUAGCUGCACAAAAAUGACGAGUAUCUCUAAGCAGGCGACUAGAGCACCACGAGUAAAAUCUUGAUUCCACCACCGCUGGUAAAGUGGGCGACUAAAGCUAAGCCGCCGCUGCGGGAAAGAGGGCAGCCGCUGUAGAUAUGCAUAGCUAGCACCCGAGUCAUAGUGUAUCGGCUAUCUUUUUGGAUGCAAACUCUCCCAGCUAUUAUCGUUGCAGGCCGCAAACCUUUUCUGGAUCUAGGGUUUCAUCAUUUGAAGAUUUGAUUUUUUGACCUAUCUUAUGUCCUCGGCAGUUUAAGGUAUUUAUCAAUUUGUGUCUUAUAGAAGAAAUUUCUAUAAUGUUUCUUAAUUGUUUUAGAAUUUGAUUCAGGUUAAUAAAUUGUGACAAAUUAAAAAACAAAGUUCAGUUUUGUUCAAUUUAGGAUUGUUGUUCUUUUCCGUUCAUCACUUGAGAUACUUCAGGUUUGUAUUCAACUCUGUUUUGAAUAUUUUGGUUGAAUUUUUUGAUGGAUUGUGAGCUAUUAGCGAUGCUCUUUCAGAAUCUGGUGUUGGAUUUUCAAUCCAAUCAAGAUUUCUUGGAAGUCAACCCAGUUUUGUUAAUAUUUGUAUUUUUAACAAUAACCCAUCUCAAUAUCUUCUUUUGUUGAUUUUAAGUUAUUGGGUGCCACCCGAGGAUGGAAGGUGUAAAUGGGGAAAACAUAAUGUUCAGAGUUGACGACUGUGAAAAGGAUGACAGUUUUAGUGUGACAUGGAAUGAGGCAAAAUCAGAGGUUUCCUAUUCUUGUCUCCUAUUUGAAUACAAAGGGUUCUUUUGCAGACAUGCAAUGGUUGUUCUUCAAAUGUGUGGUCUAUCAAGGAUACCAUUGCAAUAUAUAUUGAAGAGGUGGACUAAAAAUGCCAAAAAUAGACACUUGACACUUGAAGGAAGUGAAAGCGCUCAAACAAGGGUGCAAAUGUACAACAAUCUGUGUAAACGGGCCAUUAAAUUGGGUGAAGUAGGUUCUUUAUCUGAAGAGAGUUACAAUAAAAAAGAGUUUAUGAUUGAUUCUUUAUCGCACAUACAUUAUUGAAAAAUAAUAAGCACCCAACUUUCCUUCGUAGCCUAUUUUGAAAAAUCAUUUGCUGGUGGCCCGGUCGCCCCUAUUUCCAUUUUUACCCGCAACAGGGGAGGUAAUUGCUCAGAUUAUUACUAGGUUUAUGUUUGAUUUUGAUUAAAUAAAAAGCUUUGUGUUUG